GAGGAUAGAGGCGCAUGCGCGGGACUCCCGGGGUGACCAGGUUUACUUGCUGAGCCAACUUGUGGGGCGUUGGGGUCCUUUGGGAGGCCGGUCGGGCGAUAGAGGCUCAGGGAGAGAGUUUUGUGGUUCUUCUACGCCGAGGAGCAUUCCUUUGUGGACUUUCGAUUUCUAACUAGUUUAAUGUGUCUGCUGCUAACUUAAAAAGAAAAUGAAUGCAGAUACCUCUGUUUUUUCGCAAGCCGUGGAAGCUUCAAUGCUUCAGACAACUAAGAUUGUAGAAGAAGAGCUUGAUGCUGAAAUACAAAAAUUGGACCAGAUGGAUGAAGAUGAACUGGAACUUCUCAAACGAAGAAGGCUUGAAGCACUCAAGAAAGCUCAGCAACAAAAACAGGAAUGGCUUUCAAAAGGACAUGGAGAAUACCUAGAAAUCCCCAGUGAGCGAGAUUUUUUUCAAGAGGUGAAAGGGAGCAAAAAUGUGGUCUGUCAUUUUUAUAGAGAUUCAACCCUCAGAUGCGUAAUAUUAGAUAAGCAUUUAACAAUACUUGCAAAAAAGCAUAUUGAGACUAGGUUUAUCAAGUUAAAUGCUGAAAAAUCACCAUUUCUUUGUGAGAGACUUCGCAUCAAGAUAAUUCCCACAUUAGCACUAUUAAAAGAUGGAAAAACUCAAGAUUAUGUGGUUGGGUUUACUGAUCUUGGCAACACAGAUGACUUCACCACAGAGACUUUAGAAUGGAGAUUAGGUUGCGCAGAUAUCAUCAAUUACAGUGGCAACUUAAUGGAGCCGCCUUUCCAAAGCCAAAAGAAGUCUGGAACCUUUUUCACAAAAUUGGAUAAGAAAACAAUCAGAGGAAAGAAAUAUGAUUCAGAUUCUGAUGAUGAUUAGAAUUCAUGAUACAAAUAUUUGUAAACCAUUUUUCUUUUAUGUUUGAUACAUUUUUAGGAAUGUUUUAUUUAGCUGUUUGCUUUCGGAACAUUUGCACAUGACACUCAUUUUCUAACAUUUUUAUAGAGCUCAUGAAAGGAAAUCUUAAAUAUUUCUUCCUCUUAAGAAAUAAUUUCUUAGUAAAGAAAUUUGAACACUUUUCAGUUGUGUAAUAUGAUAGAUGACUUUCAACAUUUUCUUAAUUUAACAAUAGCUCUCUUAAACAGCAUCUUAAAAUUUAUACCAUUCACCAUUAAGGUAUUAAUGAAAGACUUCUGUCAAGAAUUGUUAUUUAAACUAUUCUUGAAGUAGUGCAUUAAUAAAAGUCAUUCUUAUAAUACCAUGGCUGUGAUUUUGCGUACUCUAACGUCAUUAGAACAUAUUAUAAAAUUUCAGUAGUUUCUUUAACUUAACUCUGCCAGCUGUGUACACUGCAUGUUAGAGCUCAAUUAGCAAUAAAUACUACAUGACAACUAUACUGAACUAAAAUUCUGAGGCUUGAAGGACAGCUUAUAUUUUUAAGAACAAGCCACAGGAAAAAUUGAGAUGUUUAAACUGAUAUGAAUACAGUUUAAUACAAUGUCUUGCAGUGUUGUUUUCACUAAUAUACACAUUUCCUGGCACAGCUUUUUGAAAUAUUAACAAUCCUGUAGAACUUUGACAGCCUGGUAGGUAAAAGAAUAUUUUCCUAUACAGUAUAUCACAUUUAAAUGUUCCACACCUGCAAAUUAUCAGUCUUGGGAGAAAAAUUAAGUCUCACAGGAACUUAAAAGCAAAUUAAAGCAAAUACAGGAAUUUUCCAUUCUAUUGGCAGCCAAUUAAAUAAUGGUUGCUGGGCAUGAGAUUACUGCAACUAUCUUCCCCA